UUCAAAAAUUUUCAUUUAUUUCAACUUAUGCGUGUACUCGCAACAACCUACGCAAUCUAAUCAAACUCAAACCGUAAUAUCAAAAGAAAUUUUCAGUUUGUCUUGAACAAGCAACGUAGACGGUUCAUUCUUUUUUUGUCAGCGCUGGAAAACUCUGAAACCGAGCAUCUAGAAUAACUAAACGCGCGUAAAUAAAUAAAUGUAGAAUUAUUUAUAAUAAAUUGAAUAAAAACGAAACCUCAUGAGUUCCGUCGAAACUAUACAGCUUACACUGCCGCUGGGUGAGAUCAAAGGCCGACACUGCCAGACAAUUUAUGCACACAAAUAUUGCAGUUUCGAGGGUAUACCCUAUGCGAAGCCGCCCUUGGGUGAGUUGCGUUUCAAGGCACCACAGCCUGUCGAGCCCUGGACUGAUGUCAAAGAUUGUACAAAAUGCGCCAGUAAACCGUUACAAAAAAACACCCACACCGGUGGAGUAGAGGGUUCGGAGGACUGCCUAUAUUUAAAUGUAUAUACAAAGCAGUUGUAUUCGGAGAAACCAUUGCCGGUACUAGUUUAUAUCUACGGUGGCGCUUUCUACACUGGCGAAGCCACAAGAGAUCACUACAGUCCAGAUUACUUUAUGAGCGAGCAAGUGUUGCUUGUAACUCUUAACUAUCGCCUGUGUUCUCUGGGAUUCCUCAGUCUCGCCGAUCCUGCACUGGACGUACCUGGCAACGCUGGGUUGAAAGAUCAAAUUAUCGCACUCAAAUGGGUUAAUCGAUAUAUAAGCCAUUUUAAUGGUGAUCCCAAUAAUAUAACACUUUUUGGUGAAAGCGCUGGCGCUAGCAGCGCUCAUGCGAUUGCGCUUAGCGAGCAAACACAUGGUCUAUUUCAGCGCAUUGUGCUUAUGUCCGGUACUGCGAUAAGUUAUUGGGCAAACAUGCCACAAACUGAUAUGGCUUACAGGUUAGCGAAAUUUCAUGGCUACGCUGGUGAGAAUAUUGACGCUGAAGUAUUGUCUUUUCUACGAAAGCUAGAGCCCGAAAAGCUGGUGAAGCAUUCUUUACUAAAUGAAGGAGAACGUAGAAAAUUAUAUUUAUUUUCAUUUGGUCCCAUUACUGAGCCAUAUAUUAGUGAACAUUGCGUGUUGCCGAAGCGACCAUUUGAGCUGUUGAAGGAUAGCUGGAGCAAUCGAUUGCCGAUAAUUAUUGGCGGUAAUUCCUUUGAGGGUUUAUAUAUGUAUAACCGUUUGAAAAUGUUUCCACAAAUAAUGCGUUCGAUUAUAAAUGAUCCCGAACGUAUACUGCCCGAGGAUAUAAAGGACACACACACGCCGGAGGAGCUCAGAGAAAUGGGUCAAAAAAUACUAAAGCUAUUUUUUGGUGAAAAAGAGCCAAGCGAUCGUUCGUUGUUCAAGUUUCUCGAUAUUUAUGGCUUCAAAUUGUUUUGGCACGAUAUCCAUCGCACCGUUUUGGCACGUUUGGCAUAUACAAAAGCACCCACUUAUCUGUACCGCUUCGAUUUCGACUCACCCGAUUUUAAUUUAUAUCGCGCUAGAUACUGCGGAAACGAUCCCUUGCGCGGCGUGUCACAUGCUGAUGAUUUGUCAUAUAUGUUUUUCUCAAAUGAUUCAUGGAAAGUCGAUCUGGAUUCGGCUGAGUAUAAAACCAUUAAAAGACUAAUCGGCAUACUGACCACUUUCGCUUCAAACUCAAAUCCAGAUUGCGAUGAAAUCGAACCGUUCGUCUGGAGACCACUAGAGAAGAAUGAUCCGAAUUUGGCUUUGAACAUUAGUUAUGAUUUACGUAUGAUGGAGUUGCCGGAGGCUGUGAAACUAAAUGCUUUGGAUGAACUAUUUAAAUAUAGAGAGCAAUUGUAUUAAUUUAUUAUAUUAACAAAUUAGUUUUGUGUUAAACUAUAUAUAUAUUUACAAAUGUAUUGUAGAAAAAAAACCCUCUUAGGUAUCGAAAUCUGUGAUGCACAUGAAAGAGGGUAUAAAUGAUUCUUAGUAAAAGU